AUGCUCCUCUCCCUCGGGAUGGCAUCGCCUGUCGCUCGCCGCCUCUCGCGGUCGACCUCUUCAUCGCUACCCGCUGCAAAACAACUCUUGUUCGGACUGGUUGCACUGUGGUCCUUGACACAGGUCGGCCUCGCGCAAAGUCUCCCAUACGUCCCGACAACUAUUCUACUGCCAAACACCAACAGCGUCCCUCUUCAGCAAAAUGUCAGCUGCGACGUCGCCUAUAUCUUUUCGCCCACAGAUGAUUCCGUCUCACUGUUGGCUCUCAACAUCUCAAGCACCAUCAAGUCAUCGGAUCUGACAUUCGAUAUAUUAUCCUCCGAGCUGCCAUUCCUCGCCAGCGGCAAUGCCUCUUUUACUCCCAGCAUAGCAAAUAAUGGAACACUCAUUGUAUAUGCCGGCAAUUGCUCCUCGUCCAGCGAUGCCGGUGUGUGGACAAUGGACCCACCACUGGACGGUUCAAAGGGCAACUGGACACAGAGCGCACUGGGAUCAAGUAACUCCGGUCCUGGUUAUCUCGGCGCAGGGCUAAGUUUCUCAACAACGCUGGAGCCCGUCAUGGGCCCCAUGGACGUUUAUAUCUAUGGUGGCAUGUGCCCUGGCAAUGUCACUGAUGAGACACUCGCACAAAGCGAGGCAACAUACUCUAAUCAAAUGCUGCGCCUCUCGCCCUCGGACUCGAAUACUGCCGAUUAUGCAGUGCACUCCUUGACAAACAAAGGUGCACCAAUAGCCGAAGCAGGAUUCACCUUUACCGGACUGUCUCCGUCGAUAUCGAACAGAUCCGGCACCGUGACGCAGCAAGCCAACUAUGUUGUUCUGGGCGGCCACACGGAGUCUGCUUUUGUCAACAUCAGUACCGCAGCUAUCUGGAGCUUGCCGGAAGAAAGCUGGGGUUAUGUGAGUAUAGGCACGGCAAAUUCAUCAGGCUCCACAGAACUGGCCAUUAAAAGCACUUCAACGACUAUGGACCCACGAUCUGGUCAUACCGCCGUGCUGAACGAAGAUGGAAGCGCCCUAGUAAUCCUGGGCGGGUGGGUCGGGAAUACCCAGACAGCUGCAUCACCACAAUUGGCUAUUCUCGACCUCGGCCUUGGGUACGGAGGAAAUGGAGAUUGGCAAUGGACAAUCCCCGAGGACCAGCCAUCUGGUUCGGGAAUCUACGGCCAUGGUGCAGCACUGCUGCCAGGAAACGUCAUGAUGGUCUAUGGAGGCUACCAAAUAUCAUCCUCCGGGAGCAACUCCAAAAGGCAAACGUCGACGACCCAGCCUUCCUUUUUGAAUCUUACGAGUAUGUCUUGGUCAGAAGAUUAUACGAACCCGACAUAUGCAGCCAGUGCAGGGGAUGAUACGUCCGAUGACGAUGACGAAGACGCUGCAAGGCAAUUAGGUCUAGGUCUUGGUCUAGGCUUGGGCUUCGGUGCCAUUAUACUCGCGAUCCUGGCAUAUUUUCUCUUCCGUUGGCGACAUGUUCGCAAGUAUUCUUCCCGGGAGGAUAUCAUUCGAUCGUUAGCCCAGGAUACCAACCACUACCUUCAGGAUGAACCCAUGAUGGAGCACGAUGGUCAAGACACAAGCUGGUACCUCGGUGGCCAUGAUCCAUACAUGACUGGCGGCAGGUCACUAGGUUACCAAAGCCUACAAGGUGGUCGCGGAAGCAUAGAUGCAGCUGGUUUCUCCUACACUCCAGCGCCGAUGUUGCGCAAGCCAGUGCCCCCUAGAACUUCGCGGGGGCACUACAUGCCGGCUCCAGUCAGUGGCUAUGACUCCCCUAUGGGUCAUCGUCCGACGCGAUCUGGUGGGAUACAUCCCAUAUACGAAGCUGACGAGGAAACACAAACUGUGGAAGAGCCUAUCACCCCUGCUAGGGACACAGCCAGGGACAGCGUGCACUCAGACCCAUUCUUGACACCCGUAGCGGACAGACCUCUUUCCUUUCCUCAAGCAAGUCACGUAUCACAAAGUCCAGGGAAUGAAAGCCGACCGCAAACGGAUCCUGAUGUGCAGGACUGGAUGUCGGACGUGGACGCAGCGGAUGCACUAUUAACAGGACGAAUGACGACACACAGUGCUGGUGGCGCAGGUAGAACAUCGCCAGUGCGACGAAACACGGUCAAGUCAAUCAUGUCGGUGCGCUCGGGAUACAACGGGGACGAGGAUGCGCGCACAAACAGCAACUUAUCCGAUUCCAGCCGUGGCGUGUCCCGAUCUGGCUCUCAGCGUUCACAUCUACGUCUCGGUUUCGGCGUUAGUCCUGCAACCGCAGCAGCAGAAGAGAGGAGUGGAACUAGCAGCUCUGAUAGCAGUCAACCAUCAUACCACACUGCCAAGUCUAUUCCGACCUUGCAAGCUGAAGGACCAUCGUUGCUCCUAGGUAGACACGAAUAUGACGAGGACGACGCUCCAGGAAGUCCGAGCAAGAAUAAGCCACGACUCAGUCGAGGAUGGUUGGGCAGUCUCCGGCGCGUUUUCAGCGGCUCAACGCCGUCAUCAGCAUCUCCUGGAAGUUACCUUGACACUCCAAUGCGUGACAGCAUGGCUGGAGCCUCAGAUUAUGACCCACAGUCCGGGGGUCUCGGGACCAUCGCCGCUGGCGGACUGUUCAGAAGAAAAGGAGGUCGUGGUGCAUGGGAAGCUGGAGAUGCAGGAAACGACGAUGACCUUCCACUUGGUAGACGAGGCAUGGGCGAUGGAGAUGACGAAUGGGACAUUGAAAAGGCUGUCGAAAAGCGACUCGUUCAGGUCAUGUUCACGGUGCCUAGAGAGCCCCUGCGCAUAGUCAAUGGCGAGCCGGAUAUCGAGAGCGGCGAGAGUGUCGUUGUCAUUGACCCAGACACCGAUGAGAGGGUUGAGAUGGACGAGAAGAGGAGGUACGAGCUCAGGGAUGAGCCGAGAACGACGACAGAAAUGGCUGAAUCGAGCUACAUAUCAGAGAGACAGCCCCCUCAUGGCGAAGAGGUCGAAGAGGAGGAUGUGAUUUUGGACAAGGGAAAACAGCGGGACAAUGUAGAUUCGGCUCUGGGCUCCGAGAUUGGACCUCCGACUUAUAUACCAACACAUCGAGACACUGUCGACUCGGGUCUGGGUACAGAUUCUGACGUACCUCUGGAGCGGACAAUGACCCGGGAGCUGGAGGGUCUCCUUCCCUCCUCAAAGGCGGAGGCGCGGCCCGACUCCUUCUCGUCCCUGGAGGAUCCUUUCUUCAGCUCACCUAGCAUCCGGCAACGCUCGCGUGAUUCGCAGCAUAGCGACGCGCCGAUCCUUUCAGCACAGGCUGUACAACUAAAACGCCCUGAACGCGCCAUGACACGCGUUCUGGCAAUGGUGGAAAGCAUCGAGAGCCGGAGCCGGAGUGCAAGUCCGGACCGACCGUGA